AUGGAUUGGCUCUUUAAAGAACUUGCAAGUAAUCAAAAUUUGAAGGAGAAUUAUGGUUAUAUAAUUUUGAAAGGUCUGGAAAGAUUACCUAGUAAGGAGAUCAAGAGUGAACUUAGUGAAAUUACAUUAACCACAAAUUAUUUAGAUUGUAUAAUGAAGGGAACCUUCCAUCAUCCGGACAAACACAACGUCCAAUGGCCUAAUACGGCUCUAAAUGAAAGUAAAUUUGAAGGUGCAGAUAUUAGUGUAAUAGGUUUUCAAUGUGUUGAAUAA